AUGAAUUUCGAUGCAUUCUAUAACAUCAUUGCAGGCCAGCCUCGCAGUGCCCGAGAAACCAGCUCGGGCGUAAACCCGCUGGAUCGUUCCUCUUUGUGGCCUGCCCCAGUUGCUACCGCAAAUGACGUUGAAGAAGCUGUUCGCUCUGCACAAGAAGCAUUUCCCGCGUGGUCCCAAAAGACCUAUAAGCAGCCAAAAUAUGAAAUUUCCCAAGAAAUUACGGAAGACGACAAGAAAACAUCAAUUGUUACUCAGGAGCCUCUUGGAGUUGUCGCUGCCAUCUGCCCUUGGAACUCUUUGGGAAAGAUCGCACCUGCUCUGGCUACGGGAAACUGUGUCAUCCUCAAACCAUCCCCCUUCACUCCAUAUUCGAGUUUGAAGCUUGUAGAACUAGCUCAGCAAGUAUUUCCUCCGUCAGUUCUUCAAGUCCUUCAUGGCCACGAUGAUCUGGGCCCUAUGCUUGUCAAGCAUUCUCGAAUUCAGAAGAUCACUUUUACGGGGUCUACUGCUACUGGAAAACAGAUCCUCAGAGAUGCAGCUGAGACAAUGAAGAGAGUAACCCUCGAAACUGCUGGCAAUAAUGCCUCCAUUAUCCUGCCAGAUGUCAACAUCAAAGCUGUUAUUCCCCAAUUAGCAGGAGGUCUGUGGUUCAACGCUGGUCAAGUCUGCAUAGCCACACGCCGCAUGUACAUCCACCAAGACAUCUUCGAAGAAGUCGUGGCUCAGCUCGCAGAAGCCUCAAAGGAUCUAGCUUCCAGCAUCGAACCGAUCCAGAACGAGAUGCAGCUUGUUAGGCUCAAACAAGCUCUCGCAGACGCAAACGCUGCUGGCUAUGAGCUGCUGUCGCUGGGUAAGACGGAGGCUGCCGAAGGAUUCUUCAUUCGGCCCACGAUUAUCAAGAACCCGCCACCGGAUGCACAUAUCGUGCAACAGGAAAACUUUGGCCCCAUCGUGUCAUGCAUCAAGUUCUCAUCCCUCGAUGAAGCCAUAUUUUUAGCCAAUAAUAGCGACACUGGGCUAGCCGCAAGUGUGUGGAGUGGUGACAUUUCAGCCGCUAAGCGUGUAGCCGCAAAGCUAGAGGCCGGUAAUGUCUACAUCAACGGCCCGCCUCAGCCGGAUCCUUAUGUGCCGUUUGGGGGCCAUAAGCAGAGUGGAUUAGGUGUUGAGUAUGGACUGCCCGGGUUGUUAUCGUUCUGUCAGACAAAGUCUACGUAUGUGUACAAGUGA